AUGGCGGAAUGCCAAUUGGGUAAAGAUAUAAAGAAAGGCUUCAUCCUGAUAAACAACGUGCUGGCAAGUGUGGCACGUCCCGAUCAGCACGUAUACGAUGCUGGUCUGUUUUAUUGGCAGAGCGAGCAUUUCGUUGUCUAUGGCUACAUUCCGGUUAUCGACGACGAUCUAAUGGUUUGGAAUCUGACGGCCCACCCCGAUGAAACGAUCUUCUUCGGCCACCGCGUGCGCGCAAAUGGUGUGCCGGGCUUAGAUCAAACGUGGCCAGCCUUAUAUUCCGAGGAACGACUUGACGCUGAGGAAACCUAUCCGUGGAACGGCGACCCGCAUUACCAUCCGAAGCCCCGGACA